AUAUUACUUAUAUCGUGUAUUGUGUUUUGUAUUGAGGAUCAGUCUCCGUAUAUUGUUUAACAAUUGUCAAAACCUUUCAUUAGCAGAUAGCUAACUAGCCAUCGACACCAACAAAUGCGUUGCGUAUGUAAAAUGACAGCUCGUUUGUCCAGAUGGCUAUGCCUAACCGGUGUUUGGAUUGAGGUGCGGUUUCAUGAAGGUUAAAACAUUUUAUUCAGUGGAGUAGUGAUACUUCAGCAGUGCCCGCUUAUUGUCUGUAGGAUAGGUGGCUAGCUAACUAGCAUGGAGACCGACUUUUCUUUGUCAUGUCCCUCCUCCGAGAUGAAAUGUAUGGACACCCAAUGUGUCUGUGAUCUUUUCUGGGUCGGUGAUUGGAAGUUGGGUUGACACCGUCAGCGGUUUCCAUGGUGAUGGACCCUCCGGGCGGGCGAGAUGAACGUCGCUCAUCUCAGGCAGAGCGUCUACGACGGGAGGAGGCCUACUAUCACUUCAUUAACGAGCUCAGUGAGGAGGAAUACCGGCUCAUGAGGGACAGCAACCUGCUCGGAACCCCUGGUGAGGUCACCGCAGAGGAGCUGAGGCAGAGAUUGGACGGAGCAAAAGAGAGGGUGUCGUCCCAGCCUCGCCCGGAACCACGCCCACAGGGCAACGAAGGUGGAGAAGAACAAGGAAGCAGCGGAGCUCCGGAGGCGGGCUCAGAGACGUCCAAUGGCGACUCGCUGCUGGAGUGGCUGAACACAUUCCGGCGCACGGGCAACGCCACACGCAGUGGCCAGAGCGGCAACCAGACGUGGCGUGCCGUGAGCCGCACCAACCCCAACAGCGGCGAGUUCCGCUUCAGCCUUGAGAUCAACAUCAACCACGAGCAGCCUGACGCAGGAGAACACAGCGAAGAGCUCCCUGUUCCCCCACCACCUCCACCGCCCCCUCCUCCGCCACCACUGGCCCCUUCCUCCAUACACACGGCUACCUACAGCGUCCCCAGACCUACGCCCUACACCACCCAGCGGCCCUCUGCGCCCUUCUCCCACGCCCACACCCCCCCCGCCAGGCCUACGCUCGGACGGAGGUCCCAGGCCAGACGCACGCGUAACAGCGCCGCACCUCCGCUCCUCCCUCCCCCGCCCUUGCCUGUCCCCCUCACACCACUGAGACGCAGCGUGGCCCCCCAGCCUACGAGCCCUCAGCCUAUGCCUGUACCCUCCGCAGCUCCGACCUCGCAACCAGGACCUGACGGCAGCGGUGGUGGGGCGGGCCAGCCUCAGCCCACCUCGUCAAGCCCCACGGCUGUGGAGGAGCAGCAGCAGCAGCAGCAGCAGCAGCGGCAGGAGGAGGCCCCUGAGACUGUCCCAGACCCCUCCUGUGCACCAGCUCAGGGGGCGCUAGUGGGGCGCGAGCCGCGCAGCAGCAGGACUCGAUCGCGCGGCCGCGUGCGUAGGGCUCUGGCUGGGACCGGGACCGGGGGAGGGAGCGGGACCGGGGAUGGGCUUUCGUCACGCUGGUCACGCCGAAGUCGCUCCCCCUUGCACAGAAGUCCUGCCCCCACCCCAGCCACCGCUGUCCCUGGUGGCGUUGGUGGCAGCGCUGCCAUUGACCCAGCUGAGCUCGGGAGCACAACUGCCACCGUUGCCAUGGAAACGGGCGAAGCGGCUUCUGCCGAGCCAACAGUGCCCCUCGCGGAGGGCUCAGUGGCCGAGACUAACGAGGAGGAGUCCCACGGUGUUUCGGGUGUGGGCGGACCCUCGGGUGGCGUAGGAGGCGGGGGCGUGCGACGCCACCCCACCAUCAUGCUGGACCUGCAGGUGCGUCGAAUCCGGCCCGGAGAGAACCGAGACCGUGACAGCAUCGCCAGCCGCACGCGCUCGCGGGCCCGCGCUGCCGAGAACACCGUCACCUUCGAGAGCGACAGCGGGGGCUUCCGCCGCACCAUCUCGCGCUCGGAGCGUGCCGGCAUCCGCACUUACGUCAGCACCAUCCGCAUCCCGCUGCGCCGCAUCAGCGAGACGGGCCUGGGCGAGCCCAGCUCCACCGCGCUCCGCUCCAUCCUGCGCCAGAUCAUGACUGGCUUCGGCGAGCUCAGCUCCCUGAUGGAGACCGAGGCCGACUCUGAGAACCGGAGUGGAGUGGCAGCCGCCGCCGGAGGACAGGAUGGAGGUGUCGCCGCAGGAAACGAGGGCUUGGGCGCCGGAAGCCAGAGCAACGGGGGCUCGGGUUCUGGAACGUCCGAGUCUGACAGGGGCGGGCAGGGGGGCGUGGAGGGGGAGGUUGUGUCUGGAGGAGGAGGUGGCGGAGGAGGGGGAGGUGGGGGGCUGGGUAGAGUCGGGGGUGGUACCGGGGUAGCCUCUGUGGGCACGGGCGGUGGUGGUGGGGGCGAGAGCCGCCCAGCCAGCAGGGACACCAACAACCUAGUGGAGAACGGCACGCUGCCUAUUCUGCGGCUGGCUCACUUCUUCCUCCUCAACGACGAGGAGGACGAGGAGCACCCGCGCGGCCUCACCAAAGAGCAGAUCGACAACCUGGGCACGCGUACCUACGGCCAGGCCAGCCUGGAGGCCGAGGCCGGACGCGCCUGCAGCGUCUGCAUCAACGAGUACGCCCAGGGCAACAAGCUGCGCCGCCUGCCCUGUGCCCACGAGUUCCACAUCCACUGCAUCGACCGCUGGCUCUCUGAGAACAAUACCUGCCCCAUCUGCAGGCAGCCCAUUCUCUCCAGCCAUCACGACUGACCCCCAACCCUACCUCUCUGGCAAUCCCCCCACUGCCCCCAUCCACUCAGCCCCAGCCUACCCUCAACGACAUUUCACACCUCCAGCCACAAGGUGGAGCUGUGUGUCUGUAAAUAUGCGCUUCAAUGUUUUCAUUCAUGGAGGUCUAUUGUAUUCGAGCUGAAGGUAGACAGAAAAAAAAAGAGAUACCAAAAGUGGAAUCUAUAAUGCAGAGAAAUUAACAAAGCUUUAUUUUUUUAGACCUGUUGUGUUUCAGCGACUUUUUUUUUCUUCUUUUCACUCUGUCUCUUCUGUGACCUCCCUAUGUUGCUACUGAGGUCCCUUUACUACACACAGCAUGACUAAUGGCUACUGAGGUACUUUUAGCAGGACACUCAUCCUGGUCAUUUUAAUUUCCCCUGCAAUGUCUACGACUCGCUGUCAUACAGACAGACUCAAGGGGCAUUCAGACGGACAGACGGACAGACCUCUUGAAUUAAACCCAGACCUGUAAAUAUAUGGACGACUCAUUGCUGGGUUGGAACGAUUUUGCGAGACAGAGAGAUCAUACGUCUCGGAAAAUGAAAAAAUAAAAAAGCCAGUUUGCAUCCUAAAAAGAAUUCUAUAGGUUUUAAGCGCUUACAAAGGAAUCCUCCAUUUUGUAUUUAAAAAAAAAAAAGCUCUUAUUAGAGGCCUCCAUUUUAAUGAUCUGACUCCUCUGAAAAGGUCUUCUUUUAAUGCGUCUUCAAUCAAACAGGAUUUUAAUGGAUGGCAUUGAUGUGUACUUUUUUUUAUCUACUUACAAUUUUUUUUUUAUUUCACCUCACAUGUGGUCUUCACUGUUCUCAUCUGUUCAUAAUUUUGUCCACAGCUUGCUGCUUCUCCAAAAAAAAAAAAGGUUAAAUCAGUUUAAUCAAUCUUCUUACACUACAGCCUGUGGGCCACACAGAAAUGCCAGGUAUGAGGGUGUCCUGGAUAUUUAGGCAUUCACUUCAUGUUUUGUUCAGUCAUAUUAUAUUGAUUAUAACUGAACUUUUUGUGUCCUAUUUACAGUCCAUACAUGUUAGUCAACUAAUGGGAAAAUGUGCAUUCAAUAUGUUAAAUGAUGAGUUAUCUGACACAUUUGGAAAACAUAAAACAGCAGUUGCACUUAACCCCAGCUAACGGACUGUGCGUUAACAGCUUUGCAUGCUACCUGUCUGCCCACCCAUUUAUUUGGCUAUAACUUGUUAAAGUUGUAACUGAUCAAAGACGAACCCAAUGCAAUUCAUGUGACUUGCUGAGUGAAAGAUAAUCAGGAAGUCUGUAGCCCAUAUCCCAUCAUGCACUUGUGCCAGAAGGAGGUCCAGUGGAGUAAUAGUAUUGAAUCCGCGCAGAUGGGGGAAUUUCUAAAUGAAAUACGACUGAAGUGAAGUAUUAUAUUUUUUAAAUUCACCUCGGACACAACCUCCUUUUCCUUUUAAAGAGCGUCUUUUUGCACCCAAAUAAUUAUCACUUUCUUUCCACUACCUGGUGUCUCUGCCCUUUGCUUCCCUACAGGUGCUCGUGCUUCUCCGGACGUUCUUUUUUGUUUUGCUUCAGGUCAUCAAACUGAAAGACACCUUGAUUCUAGCUGCACCUUCUUUUUGCACUACCACCAGGGGCAGUAUAAACAGCAGCCAAAUGUGAAAAAAAAAUGAAGAUCAACGUGUUUUCGUUUAGUUGUCAUUGCGUUACGAUCUCUCGUCUCUUGUUUGUUGAUCCAACAACAGAAAAGAAAUAAGUCUGUCCAGCGAGAUAUUGCUUGUUCUGAUGCCCCCUCUCUUUGAAGUAUAUUUGUGAUGAUGAUGAUGUGUGUGUUUGUGUGUGUGAGAGAGAGAGAGAAAGAGAGAAUGUGUGUGUGUGUGUGUGUGUGUGUGAAAGUAAGUACGUAAGAAGGAGGCUAAGCUGUUUAUUUUGUGUUUUGACAGCAAGAGAAGAUUGAGUGUGUCUUAAGGUGCCAUUUAUCUGAAUGUUUAGAAGAGGCAGAGCAAGGGGUCUUCGGCCAUAAAGUUCAGAACUGAAUAUUUAGUUCUUAUUUAAGAUUCAAACAACAACAUGGAGAUAUGACUAUGUAUUAUGUUAUAAUGUGAUGAUAAAAAACUGUUAAGAAGAAUAUGUAUUCUGUUACUAUGUAAUAAAGUAAACACAUGGGUUUCUCCUCUGCUCCUUCACAUGGGAAUUAAAAUAAGCUUUGUUAUGCCUGAAAA